ACUGCACUUUGGAAUUAGCAAAUAUCAUUUUGAAGUUGAUGCUAUUGCAAUAACAUACUAUAGCAAAAACGUGUUGGCAACAAGCUAGUUAUUACAUAAUUGGCGUUUUAUUAACAAAAGAGUCACAUGAACCUCUCCUUCACCUUCAAUCAACAUGUGAAUUGAAGAAGUAGAGGGUACACUGUACUGUUUCCCUUGUGAUAUCAAAUAUCACACCUCCAAAAAAAUCCAAAUCCACCUCACAAUUUUUGUCGCAUCAACCUUUGUUGGAUUUACUGAUACUAUAUAUAUACACGGGUCUUUGUGUUGAAUUGUAUUGUAUUGUAUUGUAUAUAAUGCUAAACCACUUCCUUAUAAUUCCUUGCACUGUCAAAAAAGGUUUUUCAUUCAUCAUUGUCAUUCUAUAGAUUCAAAUUAAACUUCAGGUCCAACCAUGCAGGACAUUAUUCCAUUCUUUAUGGUUUUAGUCCUCUUCGCAGGGACUUGUUUGGUUUCUCCUUUACAUGAUGGACCCAUGUAUGAUUCCACUGCUUACACUGAGUGCAAAGAGGAACCUGAGAAGCCACUUUACAAUGGUGGAGUUUUUGAGAGUCAGCCACAAUCUGGGGGAGUUCAACAUGCCAUUGCCUUGUAUGAAGUUGAUGGUCCUUCAUUCAUUCUCCAUAGCCUUACACAAGACACUAUCUACUCUUUCUCCAUUUGGGUGAGGAUUGAAGGUUCAAGUUCAGGUCUAAUAAGCGCAAGCUUGCAAACAGAAAAUGAAACCUAUGAUUGCAUAGGAACAGUUUUGGCCAAGAGUGGAUGCUGGUCAUUUCUUAAAGGUGGAUUUCUACUUAAUUGGCCUUCUACUUCAUCUAUGCUCUUCUUUCAGAACACUGAUGGUAAAGAUAUAAAUAUAGAGUUAGCUAGCCCAUCACUGCAGCCAUUUACUAAGCAGCAAUGGAGAUUCAAUCAAGAGUACCUUAUCAACACUCAUCGAAAGCAAGCCGUAACGAUUCAUGUGUCAGAUAGCAAUGGGAAGAGAAUGCAAGGAGCCACCAUCAAUAUAGAGCAGAUCUCAAAGGACUUCCCUGUUGGAUCUGCAAUAGCCAAGACGAUUCUUGGUAACAUGCCCUAUCAGAAUUGGUUUGUGAAAAGAUUCAAUGCUGCAGUAUUUGAAAAUGAGCUAAAAUGGUAUGCCACAGAACCUGAUCAAGGCAAGGUCAAUUACACAAUUUCAGAUCAAAUGCUACAAUUUGUUAGAGCAAACAAAAUCAUAGCUAGAGGUCACAAUAUCUUCUGGGAAGAUCCUAAGUACACGCCUGCAUGGGCGCGAAACCUUACCGGAAUUCAAUUACAAGCUGCUGUUGAUUCAAGAAUUCAGAGUCUUAUGAACCAAUACAGAGAAGAAUUCAUACAUUGGGAUGUCAGCAAUGAAAUGCUUCACUUUGAUUUCUAUGAGAAAAGGCUUGGACCUGAUGCCACAUUGCAUUUCUUUGAAACUGCACAUAAAUCUGAUCCAUUAGCUACCCUUUUCAUGAAUGACUUCAAUGUGGUGGAAACCUGCAGUGAUGUGAAUUCAACUGUUGACACAUAUAUCUCAAGGCUCAGAGAAUUGCAACAAAAUGGUGUGUUCAUGGAUGGAAUUGGCCUAGAAAGUCACUUCACGGUUCCAAAUCUUCCCCUUAUGAGAGCCAUCAUAGACAAGUUGGCAACACUCAACCUUCCUAUUUGGCUAACUGAGGUUGAUAUUAGCAAGACACUUGAUAAAGAUACUCAGGCUAUUUAUUUGGAACAAGUGUUGAGGGAAGGCUUCUCUCAUCCUUCAGUGAAUGGGAUAAUGCUAUGGACUGCACUCCAUCCACAAGGAUGCUACCAAAUGUGCCUCACAGACAAUGAUUUCAGAAACCUUCCAUCAGGUGAUGUUGUGGACAAGCUUCUUCAAGAAUGGCAAACUGGUCAUGCAGAAGGAGUGACAGAUGAACAUGGUUCUUACAGCAUUUUUGGAUUCUUAGGAGAAUAUAGAGUCACUGCCACAUAUGGCAACAAAACUGCAGAUACAACUUUUUCUCUCUGUGGAGGUAGAGAAACUAAACAUGUUACUAUCAGUAUCAGACUUUGAUUUUUCAUUUCAAAAUUAUAUAGCAGGCUAAUCUAACAGGAUAUAAUUGUUUUCCUGAUCAUGAUACUGUUACCUUCAUAGAUCAUAGACGCAUGCAGUAAUUUACAUGAUAUAGAUGUCAAAUCUGUAAAUUUAACUAUUUGAAGAAAUUGUUGAAUGCUUGAAUGGGGAUAAUUUUCAUUCAGAGUUCUACUAGUAUAUAUACAUU